AUAUUAUUUAUUUAUUUAUUUUUUACUGUUAUUAGAGUGUAAAAAAGAGUUGGAAAAAUAAGGUUGGGUAUUAGGAGAGGGUCUAACAGGGUUCUUUCUUCAGGGAGUGAACCGGUUCGACACCAUUCCAUCCACCCUUGGAGUGAAUUUCCAUCUGCAGGCUGCUGCAUGCAUCUGUUGCUUAAAAUAGUUCCAGUAUCCUCACUCACAACUGUCAUCAAUUUUCCACCAGAUCUUUUUUUUUCUUCUUCUUUUUGUGCUUCCAGUGUUGAUGUGCUGCACUUUCUUAUGUUUGGAGUAGUAACGUAGGAGGAGGAGGCGGAGGUGGCAGAGGAAAGAGGGAGAGGAAGAGAAGGAGGAGGAGGAGUGAACGUCAGUAAGUCAAACAUGUUCCAAUAACUGUGCACAUUAUAUGCUGCUAUUUGCAGUUUGCUGUAACCAGGCACAGAGACGGAGCCUGAGCAGAAACCUGCGGCAGCUUUCCUUUCUCUCUUGUCUUGUUGCUCCGCUGUGAUGGAGAUGUGCUCAGAGGAAAUGACAGAAAUGUGGCAGCAGGAAGAAAAGAGGAAUCAAACCAUUGCACCUAAAAUGACAAACACCAAACCAAAGACGAUCCGUUCAUCAGAGCAUUAGCUCGGAGAAGACAGAGGAUGGCAGCGGCUGUGAAAAAGACCAAACCAGGUUUACACCCCAGAUCACUGGUAGUCUGGAUCCUCCUGGUGUCUGAUCUGAGCUGGUUCAGACUGAAGCCCCAGGUCUGGGUCAGUGGCACUAACAAUGAAAGAAGGGUACUGGCUCACAUACCUGGUGACAUCAUUAUUGGAGCUUUGUUCUCUGUUCACCAUCAACCACCAGCAGAUAAGGUGCAUGAGCGAAAGUGUGGAGCCGUCCGCGAGCAGUAUGGGAUCCAGAGAGUGGAGGCCAUGAUGUAUACCCUGGACCGGAUUAAUGCAGACCCAAUGAUUCUCCCCAACAUCACUCUGGGCUGUGAGAUCAGGGAUUCGUGCUGGCACUCCGCCGUGGCUCUGGAGCAGAGCAUCGAAUUCAUCCGGGACACGCUGGUGUCCAACGAAGAGGAGGAGAACCAGGGCAAGUGUGUUGCAGAGGCCGGACAGAGUCUGCUGCUCCAGGCAAAAAAGCCCAUCGUGGGUCUGAUUGGUCCAGGAUCCAGCUCUGUGGCCAUCCAGGUCCAAAACCUCCUCCAACUCUUCAACAUUCCACAGAUCGCCUACUCUGCCACCAGCGUGGAUCUAAGUGACAAGAGCCUGUUUAAAUAUUUCAUGAGGGUGGUGCCGUCAGACAUGCAACAAGCCAGAGCCAUGGUUGACAUCGUCAAGAGAUACAACUGGACCUACGUGUCUGCAAUACACACUGAGGGGAACUAUGGAGAGAGUGGCAUGGAAGCGUUUAAAGACAUGGCAGCGAAGGAGGGCAUCUGCAUCGCCCACUCUGACAAGAUCUACAGCAACGCUGGGCAGCAGGGCUUUGAUAAGCUGCUACAGAAGCUACGAGGUCACCUGCCCAAAGCCAGGGUCGUGGCCUGUUUCUGUGAGGGAAUGACGGUCCGGGGAAUUCUGAUGGCCAUGAGACGACAGGGCCUGGUGGGAGAGUUUCUGCUGGUGGGAAGUGACGGCUGGGCCGACAGGUACGAUGUGACUGACGGCUUCCAGAGGGAGGCAGCAGGUGGCAUCACCAUAAAGCUGAAGUCUGCGUACGUCACCUGGUUUGAUGAUUACUACUUGAAUCUGAAGCCAGACGCCAACCUGCGGAACCCCUGGUUUCCCGAGUUCUGGCAGCACCGCUUCCAGUGCAGGCUACGGGGGCAUCCACAGGAGAGCGCCACCUACAACCGUUCAUGCACAUGGAGAGAGUCUCUGCGCAAUCAGUACGCUCAGGACACCAAGAUGGGAUUCGUCAUCAAUGCCAUCUACUCCAUGGCCUACGGCCUACACACCAUGCAGCAGGCCCUGUGUCCAGGGGUUAAGGGUUUGUGUGAAAACAUGCGUCCCAUAGACGGACGCAAGCUGCUGGACUUCCUGAUGAAAACCAACUUCAUCGGCGUAUCGGGGGAGACCAUUCACUUUGACCAGAAUGGGGACUCACCUGGCAGGUAUGAAAUCAUGAACUUCAAGCAGACUGGCGGAGACGUGUACUCGUACAUCCCAGUGGGAAGUUGGGAUCAGGGUGGUCUGAAGAUGAAUGAUGAGGAAAUCUGGAGUGACGACAGUGACAUCAUCAGAUCCUUCUGCUCAGAGCCCUGCCAGAAGGCUCAGAUCAAGGUGAUCCGUAAAGGUGAGGUGAGCUGCUGUUGGACCUGCACUCCCUGUAAGGACAAUGAGUAUGUGUUUGAUGAAUACACCUGUCGGGCCUGUGUUCUCGGCUUCUGGCCUACGGAUGACCUCACCGGUUGUGAACCAAUCCCGGUGCAGUAUGUGCGUUGGGGAGAUCCAGAACCAAUCGCUGCAGUGGUCUUUUCCUGUCUGGGCCUCCUGGCUACACUCUUUGUUACUUCUGUCUUCAUCAAGUUCUGGGACACACCUGUGGUCAAGUCGUCCAGCCGUGAGCUCUGCUACAUCAUCCUGGCAGGAAUAUGUCUGGGCUACCUGUGUACCUUCAGCCUCAUCGCCAAACCACAUCUCAUCUACUGCUACCUGCAGCGGCUGGGAAUCGGUUUGUCUCCAGCCAUGAGCUACUCAGCUCUGGUCACUAAGACCAAUCGUAUAGCCCGGAUCCUGGCAGGCAGCAAGAAGAAGAUCUGCACCAAGAAACCUCGCUUCAUGUCCGCCUGCGCACAGUUGGUCAUCGCCUUCCUACUCAUUCUGCUUCAGCUGGGGAUAAUUGUGGCACUGCUUAUCAUAGAGCCACCACAGGUGAUCUAUGACUACCCCAGUAUCCGUGAGGUCCAUUUAAUCUGUAAUCUCACCACCCUGGGUGUAGUCGCCCCUCUGGGCUACAAUGGCCUGCUCAUCCUCAGCUGCACCUUCUACGCCUUCAAGACCCGUAAUGUUCCUGCCAAUUUUAACGAAGCGAAGUACAUUGCCUUCACCAUGUAUACCACCUGCAUCAUCUGGUUGGCCUUUGUCCCAAUUUACUUUGGUUCCAACUACAAGAUCAUCACCAUGUGCUUCAGUGUCAGCCUCAGUGCCACAGUCGCUCUCUGCUGCAUGUUUGUGCCAAAGGUCUACAUCAUGCUGGCCAAGCCUGAGAAAAAUGUCCGCAGUGCUUUCACAACGUCCACCGUGGUACGGAUGCAUGUAGGUGAUGCCAAGAAAGCUGCCAAAACUGCCAAGCCGUCCAGCAGCAUGGCCAAUUUGUUUCGACGCCGAGGCUCCACACAGGAAGACAUCAGUUCCAAUGGUAAAUCAAUGACUUGGACCCAGAACGAGAGCAGCUACAGACCCAACCUGUGGAAGAGGAUGUCCUUUCAUGUGAAGAAGAAAGGCUCAGUGGAAUCCAACCAGACUGCCAUCAUCAAACCCUUCUCUAAAGAAGGAGAUGUUCCCGGAGACGCUGCCGUCACUGAGAUGUUUGAAGAACCACAGGCAUCUCCUCCCUUCACCUGCUCCUCCUCUCAGUCUCUGCUCCUCUCCAUCGGCCAACAGGCGAUGAAGGGACGAGAAGAUGGAGCAGAACCUCAAGCUUUACCCGCCUACGUUGCUGAUCAUACUGCUGUGGUCAGAAGAAGAGGUGGAGACAACAUCCAAGACAUGGUGGAAGUUGUGGACAUCAGCGUCUUACCUGUGGGUGUGGGUGACAUCGGCGGUCCAGCUCAGGGCACCACCAUCCUGGACCAGAUCAGUUGCGUGGUGAGCCGCUUCACGACCAACAUCAAUGACCUCAACACUAUGAUACAGCCAGGAGAAACCACCAUCGGCUCCUCCUCCGCUGCUGCAGAUGCUCCUCAGCUCCUGACCACUAGGAGGGGACAAACCUCCUCCACAGUCACCACCCAUGCUGAGGUUGCCAACUUUGGGGAGAACAGGGCAGGAGAAAGGAUUUACGAGCACCUGGGUGUGAAUUGUGUGAGCGGAAGACGAGCCAAGAACCUGGAGGAGCUCUUGGCACUGACGCCUCCUUCUCCAUUUAGGGACUCCUCCCUGAGCUCCGACGGAAGCUCAUCACCGGCGUCUGAGGCGGAGUAUGACCAGCUGCUGCUGAGACACUUCAGCCAGAGCUCCUCCUCUCUCUAAAUCCACAAUCUGGCAGAAAAGGUGGACCAAACUUUGGGAAAUUUGAGGUUUUUUUUUUUUGUUUUUUUUUUAAUAAUUUGUCAUUGUGUGCAUGCUUCACUGAGAAUCCACAGCAAAACUAUGUCUUUUUCUUUGACGCUCGAGCUUCACAACAAAUGAAAACUUUUCUCUUCUUCUUUUUUCAUAGUAGUUUUGACAUUGACUUCUGUUGGAUUACUGCCCCCUUGUGGUUUUCUGCAUCCCCUCAACCAGCUUUUUAAGAGGCUUAAACAUUCCGGAAAAAAAACCUGACGGCAGUUUUGAUGGUGGAAAAAUGGCCUCGGAUUGAUGGGGAGUUGUACGCACAGACGGAUAGAAGAAAGAACUCUUGAGUUUUAAAGUAGUCUUUUAACAAAUCCUGCUAAUUUAAUCAGUCUAGUCUAAAAUCAUCUUUCACGGAAAUCAUAUCAAAUCAGUUGUCAUACUGCAGUAAAAUACAAUAAGGUGCUAUGUGGGCCAAGUCUGAGCAAAAUCUAAACCCGAACAUGGAUCCAGGAGAAGGUCUAUUUUUUUUUUUUUUUGAAGCUAUGACCACGAUCCUGAAUACCAUAUGUAUACAACCUAAGUUGCCAUAUGAAAUAGGUUGCUGUACAGAAUGAAGGGGCCAUUUUAUUUUAUUUUCUCUCCUCACUACUUGCUUUAUCAUCUUUAUUUAAUUAAUUAGAUAUAGUGUUUUAUUUUCUUUCCUGCCGCUUCAUUUUCUGUCCUCUACUUGUCCAGUUUUAUUGAAAAUAUUUCAUCGGACAAAUAGGGGUCGUGGCCAAAUGACUCAGGGAAAGUUUGGGUCCCUGGGCAGGAUCAUCGGAAUGCUACUGUUUUGUGUAAUUUAAUUAAUUAAUUUAAAUUAUUAAUUGCACCCAUACAGGUUCUAUAUGCAAAUGUUUAAGAGUACAAAACUUUUUAAAUAUAAUGAAAAUGUAGAGACUUUACCUCAAACGAUGCAACUUUGUGAAAAUG